AUGGUAGCCUCCGCGAGAUCUUCCUUGCAUACUGAGCAGAAUCGCAUCAACGUAGGCGAUGCCGGCCGGAUAUCGAAGCACUCCGAGCCAGCGCCCACAUCGCAAAGCCAGGCCAUCCUACCGACACACCAUGAGAAACCUAUUCGUCGCCCAGGGAUGUUUCGCGUUAACACCGCCGGAGAAAGUGGCCGCACCGGCUUCCAUCCUCUCCACUUUGUCACGGUCUGCUUUAGGAGCACAUGUACGCUCUCAAUGUUAGUGAGCGUUCUUUGGCCGGUGGUUCCAGCAGCGAUUGCCAUAUACUUCGCUCGACCCAACCUUCACGUGUGGAUCUUCGCCCUGAACUAUAUCGCAAUGGUGCCCUCCGCAAACUUGCUCGGGUUUGCGGGCGGCGAGCUGGCGAAGAAAUUGCCCAAAGUUUGGGGAGUCUUGCUGGAGACGACCCUAAGUUCGGUCGUAGAGAUUGUGCUGUUCAUAGUUCUGAUCCACAAGGACAAAGAGGGCAAUCUGAUUCCCGUCAUUCAAGCUGCUAUUCUGGGUUCAAUUCUGGCCAAUCUGUUGCUAUGUCUGGGACUAUGUUUCUUCUUCGGAGGCCUCAAACGCCACGAACAGUCGUUCCAUGAAGCAGUAAGCGAAGUAGGCUCGGGGCUGCUACUCGUUGCCGGGUUCGGUCUGUUGAUUCCGAGCGCUUUUUAUGCGGCUCUCAGCUCGGGUUCAACCAAGGCCAUCAUCAGCCCGCAAGACUUGGAGCGUUCCACUCUGGUCAUCAGUCGAUCAACCUCUGUCAUUCUGCUCGUCGCUUUCAUCAUGUUCCUGUUCUACAACCUUCACAGUCAUCACAGCAUCUUCGAUGAAGUGCUCAAGCGAGACGAACACACGGCUGAGGAUCGCGAUGAAGAACUGCAGCGCGCCAAGCUUACUUUGUGUGAAUGUUUUGUGGCAAUCGCCAUAUCCCUCACAUUCGUUUGCAUGUCCGCAGUCUUCUUGGUAGAAGAGAUCGAGCAUAUCGUCGAGAGAGGGGUUUCGGAUAACUUCAUGGGUCUGAUCCUGGUCCCUCUGGUCGAGAAGGCGGCAGAGCAUUUGACCGCUAUCGACGAAGCCUGGGAUAAUCAAAUCAACUUUGCCCUCUUCCACUGUCUGGGCCCUUCCAUCCAGACAGCUUUAUUAAACGCACCCUUGGCGGUGAUUGUGGGCUGGGGUUUGGACAAGAAUAUGGGUCUCAAUUUCGAGAUCUUUAUGAUUGUUUUGGUCGUGCUGUCCAUUCUGGUGGUUGGGAACUUUUUGCGCGAUGGAAAGUCCAAUUACCUCGAGGGUGGCCUUUGCGUGCUUGUGUAUGUCAUCAUCGCUGUCACGACUUGGUAUUACCCCAAGGUCGAAGGCCAUUCUGCUGGCGGCCAUUCGACUGGUGGGCAUGCCGAGUGA